AGAGUGCACUGGGAGUACCGCCUCCAGGCGCGCUACUUCUCCUGCUCCUCAAAGCCGGUACCACUGUCCCCAGGGCUGCUGGCUGCUGGCUGCUGGACACUGGUUCCUCCCCUUCUCGACCCCCAGCACGGGGUGGCUGAGCCAGGCUCUAGAUCCUCUGCUGUCUUGUUCUCCGGACCCUAGGCAGUCCCCCGCAGUGUUGGUCCGCAGGUGAGCAGCGCUGCAGCGCCGCUGUCUGGCGAGCUCACCUUGCACAGCCCGGCGGCCAGCGCAAAACUCUGGUCCCUGCAGGAUGAAGAAUCCGAUGUUGGAAGCGGUGUCACUCCUCCUGGAGAAGCUGCUCCUCAUCUCCAACUUCAAACUCUUUAGCGUAUGUACUCCCGGAGGAGACACAGAGAGGAAUCGUCCCUAUGAAAUCAGCUCUUUUCUCCGGGGCGAUGUGCUGGAAGUGUCACGGACCCAUUUUACCCACUAUGGGAUCUACCUCGGGGACAACCGUGUUGCCCAUCUAAUGCCCGACAUCCUGUUGGCCCUGACCAACGACAAGGGACGUACUCAGAAGGUGGUCUCCAACAAGCGUCUUAUCCCGGGAGUCAUUUGCAAGGUGGCCAGCAUCCGUGUGGACACAGUAGAGGACUUUGCCUACGGAGCAGACAUCCUUGUCAAUCACCUAGACGAGACUCUCAAAAAGAAGUCAUUGCUUAAUGAGGAGGUGGCAUGCAGGGCUGAGCAGCAGUUGGGGCUCACCCCCUAUAGCCUACUGUGGAACAACUGCGAACACUUUGUGACCCACUGCAGAUAUGGCACUCCGAUCAGUCCACAGGCUGAGAAGUUUUAUGAGACUGUGAAGAUAAUCAUUCGUGAUCAGAGGAGUUCUCUUGCUUCAGCUGUCUUGGGACUAGUGUCCAUUUUCUACAUGGGCCUGGCAUCAUAUAUGACCUUUCCUGCAAUCUGUAUCCCAUUCUGCUUGUGGAUGAUGUCUGACUAACUUCCAAUCCCCAUGUGAAUGUUUAUGGAGUUUGUGUGGGACUAUGUUUAUAUUUAUAGAACACAAAACUUUAGAAGCUUGUUGAGAAAAUGUGGCAUUCAACACUGUGUUCUAGAUAAACAAAAGUGAUUAAGAAUCAUACACAGUGCUUACCACGGAAGCCGAACAGAGCCUUUCCGUGUCCUCUCAGGCAGUUCUGCUGCAGAGCACCAUGAGCCCUUGGAAGCACUGCAGCCUGUCAAGACUCAGCAUCCCCAGAAAAGCAGCCCUGAGGUGACAUUCACAGGAGAGUAUUUGGGUUAUUCGUUUCCUCUUGUAAUCAUUAUGCUGUUAUCAACUGAGAUCACUAACUUUACUGUAACUGUAUUCUGCUUAUUGAAUGACUGGUAUUAAAGGGAACAUUUUCCCUCAUUUAGAUGAAAACGUUUGAUAAUUAGCCAAAAAGAAACCAUGUCUCACAUUCUGUUUUGCCUUUCUUCAUGUAACAAUAUAAUUUCAAGUCAGUUGAGAAUAUUAUUUUCAUGUUCUGAGAUCAGUGUUGACAGAACUUACUGAAAGUAACUGGCUAAAAAGCACAGAAAUGUUUUCUCCUGCAGAAACAGUGACAGUAGCUAUUUAUAUUCACUUUUGAAUAGUCUGAUACUGUGUUUUUCUUCUUUUUUUUUCAUAUGCCUGUAUGACUACUUUAAAAAGGUAAAUGGCGCAAAACUACAGAGAAACCCUGUCUCGAAAAACCAACAACAACAAAAAAAAAGGUAAAUGGAUAUAGGAUUGAAGCAAUUCCAGUAUUUGGUGUACAUACAUACUAAAUAAAUACACAAACAUCUGCACACACAUAGAUUGAUAGGUAAACUGUAUUUCUGGUUACUUUAUUAUACUAGUGUGAUUAUUAAUGGGGAUCUACAAAGGUGAACAUAAAAUCAAGUCCGUGUUUUUUCCUCUGCCCUUAAACCUGUAUAUAUGUCACUGGUUAGUUUCUUUUUUUUAAGCUAAAUUCACUAAUGUCCUUUUUUUAAAAAAAAAAAAACAAAA